UGAAUUGACUUUACCUUCCUUUUCAGAUGCAGCUCUGGUAAAUGAUCAAACUGUCCUCUAGUCAACUGGUGGCGCGAUGGUCCCCCUGUGCUGUUGCUGCCCGCCGGCAUCUGUACCAGUCGUGGUGGCCAUGACAGGUCCUGCCGUCCCUUCCUACCAUUUCAAGAGUUUCUGUGGAGAGUUUGAGCGGGUGGAAAGUGCCUUGGAACGACUGGAGGCCAGUGGCUUCUACUGGGGCAGCCUGUCAGGGGCUGAAGCCAAGCGACUCUUGACUUCCCAGCCUCCUGGUGUCUUCCUGGUGAGAGAUUCCUCUGACCAUCAUCACCUCUUCACCUUGAGUGUCCGCACCAGGACAGGCAUCACCAACUUGCGUAUUCAGCAGCAGGACUCAGCAUUCCACCUGGAGGCCUUGCCAGGGGCUGGCCAUCCCCCAGCCUUCAGUUGCGUGGUCCAGUUAGUUGAAUAUUAUCUCUGCCUUGGGGCUGUAGAAGGGGGUCCCUGCUACUUGGAGAGUGAGGGUCAGCCUCCAGUGCCUUUGGCCCUCUCACAGCCACUCCGUUGCAAGGUGCCCACUUUGCAGGAUCUGUGUCAGCGGGCUGUACGCGCCAGUGUGCAGGGCAGAGGUGACACCAGGGCUCAGCUGCAGAGGCUGCCAGUCCCCCAGGCAUUAUUGAACUCAAUCUGCAGCUAAAAGGAAGAACUGGGGCACCAGUUUCAAGACCUUGUAAUGAGUGCAGAGUUGGGCCCUUCUUAGAAUUGAUGAAUAGAGCUGGUUGUAGAUAGCGUAUUGCUGACGCUCCACUAUUUUCUUGAAAUAAACCAUCUGACGGAUAAACCAACCAUUUCAUUGUGGAGCUAUUUAAUUGGUCUCCCAAAAACUGAUGAAAAUAAUCUGAAACAGGGAUAGGGGAGAGUGGCUUAGUCAGGUUUCUGCAGAUGGGUAUCCUAUACAACAAUCCCCUUCCCUUCCACAUUUUCAAGCUAACCACUUCCCACAUCUCAAAAGCUUCUUGUGUGCAGGUAGAAAUAUAGCAGAAAGUUUUAUUCCAUCCACAGGCAGAGCUGCCCUAGCAUCUCCCAAUUCUGUUUUCACCUUCAGCUGAAAAUUGUUGAAAGAUGCACAAGUUUGUGUGAAAUGGUCCCAUGACAAAUGAAGGAUCUCUGCUAUCUGCACAAGGAACAUCUAUGAAGUCUACAAAAACACUGCCCGGUAGUAAUGUCAUCAAUUACAUCUCAAAAAGUGUUUCAACUUCUUAAAAUGCUAGAGUUUGUAUUUAGCUGCAACUAUUGUGCCUUCUUCUCUAUAAACUCUCAAGACAGACAAGGAAAGACUGUGGAUAUCCAGUAACAAGAAUGCUUGAAUCUACAACCAAGAGCAUUCUUUAGCUUCUUCCUAUAGAAUAUAGGCAACUGUAAGACCAGACUGAUGGCAGAUUUUCAGCAAUAAGCCAUGUUGCAUCAAAUCCGCAGCAACCCUCCCCUCCUCCAUUUCCACUUUGACCACUGUGAGAUCCUGACCUCUCCCUCCCCACUUCCAGUCACUGCCUUUAGUAAAGGUCAUUGCUGUAACUUGACAGCUUUCAAGAUUGCUGACUCAGAAGCCAGUUACGAGAAAGAAGUUCGGCGACUUGUUUGUUUUUAUAGGCAGCAUAGCAUACAUAGAUAUGCUGCUGAAGGGUGAGGAAGACACACCAGUCUAUGAGGAAACAAAGAGGGCUUCAGUGAAGGGACAAUUCCUAGGAGAAAAAAACAAACCAACCUUGCAGCACCUUAAAGACCAGAAAAUGUGCUUUAUUGCAGAUGCCAGUUCUGUGCAUUUCAUGCAAAACUUCCAGUAAGGUAGCAGAGUUCAGUGAUACUCCACUCUUAAGAGCUAUUCAAUUAAAUGCACAACUUCCAGUAAGGUAGCAGAGUUCAGUGAUACUCCACUCUUAAGAGCUAUUCAAUUCUUAGUCCUAAAUUUCAAGUCUCUAAGGAACUUAAACCUCCUACUCUCAAAUAAACCUUGAUCAUCUGCAAACUGACUGAUUAUUUUGCUUUUGGGUUGAAGACGUACGAUUUCUUACUGGCAAGCCAGACCACUUCCUGGAUCCUAUUGGGAAGCCCUGCCAAUUCCUCUCCAACAAUAGGUAACAGUACGUGUUUUUAUCAGAGGCUAGUUUGCUUUCCUGCUUCCUGAGUGAAAGUAACAAAGACGCUUACGGGGGGCAAAGUUAGCAGUGAAGUUUAUCUGCUGCUAGAUCCACCUUUGGGACACAGCCUAACUUGUUUCCUCUGCCAAUUUAUUAAUUGUUCACCUAUGCACUAUUUUUAUCUGGAAGACCUUUAUCAAUAACCUCUUGGGGGACUACAGAGGGUUAUGUGUGCACUCAUUCCAGAAUUAAUUCCAUUUGGGACUGCACACAAAGUACGGGGAAGUGGUAUUGAGGGUGCAAGGAACAAUGAGUAAAGACAGCAUCAGAAAUGGCCUCUCUCCAGUUCAGUUUACAUUUGGCAAGACAAAGACAAACGAAAGGAAAGAAUGAGGUUAAAAGGAAGAAACCAAUUCUCUGAAAUUGUGCUUUAGAGUGUUGAGUUGGAGCUAAAGUACUAUAUGAAAGGAAAGAAUUGUGCUUUCUCAAUAUAGCAUUCUCAUACAGCCAGGCUUGUCACCUCUUCUCCCAGCAAAUUUGCAUCCCCAAUCUUCAUCUCUGCUUCCUUCUCAUAUUCCAUUCCCUUUUGUACAAGAAAUGAACAUCUCAAUCUGGGAAGUGUGAAGCC